UUCGUCGGGUUUGGCGUCAGGAGAUUGUGGUGCUGUCCACGAGUGCUGACGUCGUGUGGUCUACCAGCCUCCUCGCGUAGAACCAUCAGUGACUACUUUUGUGCCCAUGACCGUGGACUUUUUCCUGCUGCAACACUCUCGAUCUCUCCGUCUUGUUUGUUCAGUGAAUAUCCGCCUGUCAACCCCGGUUGUGUUACUGUCAUGCCAUCAACUUGAGUCUGCGAGUUUCUUCCAGCAAUUUUUCUCUUGCUUGGUCUUUGCUGCAUUGUUCCGGCGUUCGAGAGUUUUACCCUGUACAAAAUGUAUUCCACCCUGGCGGGCUCAGCGCUCGCUGCAUUGGCCCUUUGCUCUCUCAUACCCAGCACAGAAGCACAGACAUACUCGUCAUGUAACCCUCUACAGCAAAGUGGAUGUCCUGCAGACCCUGCUCUCGGCAGGACCGUCGACAUUGAUUUCACAGCAGGCUCCUCGAGCGAAUUCACUGCAUCAGGAGCUGUCAGCUACACUUCCGACGGCGCGGCCUUCACAAUCUCCCAGCACGGCGACGCUCCUACCCUCUCCUCGAAUUGGUACAUCAUGUUCGGACAUGUCGACUACGUGGUAAAAGCUGCGCCAGGGACGGGGAUAGUCAGUGCUGCUAUUUUGCAGUCUGAUUGCCUUGACGAGAUUGACUGGGAGUGGAUAGGUGGGGAUGACACACAGGCCCAAAGCAAUUACUUUGGGAAAGGCAUCACUACAACUGGCUACAACAGAGGAGCCUUUCAUGGAGCACCCAACAACCAUGACGAGUUUCACACCUACAGCAUCGACUGGACGGCCGACCAAAUUGUUUGGUCGAUCGACGGGACCACGGUUCGAGCCAUGACCCAAGACCAAGCUGAAGCCGGCCAGUAUCCCCAAACUCCCAUGUACGUCAAACUGGGGGCUUGGGCUGGCGGUGAUCCCUCCAACCCAGAAGGCACGAUUGAGUGGGCUGGAGGAGUCACUGACUACUCUGAUGGGCCCUUCACCAUGUAUGUGAAGUCUGUCCACGUCACGGAUUACUCGACCGGAUCACAGUAUUCCUACAGUGGCACGAGCGGCACGUGGCAAUCCAUCGUUUCCAAUGGUGGCCAAAUCAACGGCCAAGGGGAUGGUACACCAGCCUCGUCUGGGACAGCACCCGCCGUUACCUCCUCCGUGCCUAAUAGUGCUCCCCUUGCCUUUGGGAACGGCGGCGACACUUCUUCUGUGUAUGCGACGCGAACCGGGUGGCCGUGGUCUGGAACGGCCACAGCCACAGCAGUGACUGUGUCGACAUCCCCGUCCCCAUAUUCGUCCUCGCCAGUAGCCUCAUCCUUGGCUUCUGCCUCGGCUUCGCUUGAAGUCGUGACUUCAUAUAACGAACAAGGGUUUCCAACACUGGUCACCAUCAACCCUGCGGCGCCAACAACCCCAAAGAGCUACGACAGUCAAGGUUUCCCAAUUAUCAGCACCAAUCCGGUUUCGGAGUCAACACCUCAACCUGCGACGGCACAAGGGUCCACGGCGACAGGCGUGGCAGGUCCUGUGUCGGCGAGCCCAGCAUCUCCCGUUUCUUCAACCUCGGUCUUAGGACCAUCCGAAAGCCCGAGCUCUACAGCUUCAGCUCCACAGAGCUCAAGUAACACGGCAUCGGAAGCUCCUGAGACCACGAACACAUUGUCCACGACUGUGUCAAUCUCAAACCCCCUCAGUUCGAUCUCCACCUCGGCAUCGAGCUCUGGGUCCGGCUCAGUCUCUACUACGGCGUUAGUAACGGCUGUUUCCACCGGAACGGGAUCGAUAAUCACACCAACAUCCAGUUCUCCGGCAAGCCAAAGCAACAUCUCUUCUUUCAUAAGUUCAUUGAGUUCCCAGUCACAGAUCACCCUUUCGAAUUCUGGGACUGUCGUCGGAACUCCAUCUGCAAGCGGCACAACUGUCACGAGCAAUUCGAGCAGCGCAUCCAUCUCAAAUUCCGCUUCAUCUACUGCAUCCUCCUCCUCGACAACUCGGUCGUCCUCGAUCUCCAGCAGAACUUCAUCGACGACCAGCUCAAGAAGCUCAGCCACCGAAAACAGGAGUACAACUAGCGCGGUGAGCUCACUGCAAAGUACAACCUUGACGACAUCAAGUCAAGUGUUGAGUAGAACAACAACGAUUUCGGCAUCCGCCACAGCAUCAGGUACGCCGCCUGCAGUGAAUGUUGCAACCCAAAUACGGAUUUUGCAUCCAUUUGGAGGGGUUGUGGUGCUAGGGGCAUUAUGCUUGUUUUGAAAGAAAGCUUGGACGGGCGUUAACUAACCGUAGGCGGCAUUUGUCAGCCUACCGGGGUUUGUAAUGGAGGGUGGCGUUGGAAGGUUUCCAGAAGGCUUCAGGGGUUUGGCGAAAGGCGCGAGGCUGCGGCAGCCCAGGGACAUAAUGCUGGUGGCACUGCGAACAUGAUGAGAAAUGAUUGUGAUACCCAGAUAGAAGGAUAGAAUUGGCCUCGUCGCCUCGUCGCCUCGAGACUGUUUUUGGCUACGACAAAUGCAAGGCCCAAUAAUGCGCGCCCCAUGGAACUCAUUUUCC